AUGAGCUCUCCUAAAAUUGUCUGUCUUGGCAAUCCUCUUUUGGACAUUCAAGCCACCGUCAAGCCUGAAUACUUGGCUCAGUAUGAACUGAAAGCGAACGACGCCAUCUUGGUCGACGCUCAAUCUCAAGAUCCAAAAUUGAAGAUUUACGACGAAUUGGUCGAACUCGGCAACGCCAAGUUCGUUGCUGGUGGUGCUGCCCAGAAUACUGCUAGAGGCGCUGCCUACGUGCUCGGGAAGGGCCAAGUGGCCUAUUUCGGUAGCGUCGGUGACGACAAGUUCUCUGCUAAGCUGCUCGCGGAGAACGAAAGCGCUGGUGUCACCACUUUGUACCAAGUGCAACCCGAGAUUGGAACCGGUAAGUGUGCCGCUCUAAUUACGGGGCACAACAGAUCUUUGGUGACAGAUUUGGGUGCUGCCAACCAUUUCACUCCAGACCACUUGGACAAGCACUGGGACGUUGUUGAAAAAGCCGAUUUAUUCUACGUAGGUGGUUUCCACUUGACGGUCUCUCCUGAGGCGAUCGUGAAGCUCGGCAAGUAUGCACAGGAAAACAAGAAACCUUUUGUUAUGAAUUUGAGCGCUCCAUUCAUUCCUCAGUUUUUCAAGUCUGCCGUUGAACAGACCCUGCCUUAUACCACUUUCGUCAUCGCCAACGAGAGCGAAGCGGAGGCCUACGCUGAGUCCUUUGGCCUUCCAUGCGCCAAGGAUGACCUAGUAGCGAUCGCACGCCACAUUGUGAACGGUUCCAAUGAGAGAACUGUCAUAUUUACGCACGGCUUGGAACCCACUGUUGUUGUGUCGGCUAAGGGCGAGUUCACUCGUGCUGUGAGACCACUGGCCGAGAACAAGAUUGUCGACACAAACGGCGCCGGUGAUGCCUUUGCAGCUGGGUUUAUUGCUGGUUUAGCUCAGGGUCGUCCAUUGGAAAAGUGCGUCGACAUGGGUCAAUGGUUGGCCGCUCUCUCUAUUCAAGAACUGGGACCUUCUUACCCAUCCGAAAAACUUGAAUAUCAAGCCUAA